AUGAGCGAGCCUUUGAACACCCGCUCCGUUCCGCCUGCGGAACGGCUUGCCGACGAGCUGGAACGGCCAGCGCUCGACAACCGUCUCUAUAGAGUCAUCCGACUACCAAAUCAGUUGGAGGCUUUGCUCAUACAUGACCCGGACACGGACAAAGUCAGUGCGGCGCUGGACGUCAAUAUUGGGAGCUUCAGCGAUGCAGACGAUAUGCCGGGCAUGGCGCAUGCCGUGGAGCAUCUCUUGUUCAUGGGAACGGAGAAGUACCCGAAAGAAAAUGCCUACAACGAGUAUCUUACCAGACGCUCCGGCUAUUCUAAUGCCUACACUGCGUCUACCUCAACCAACUACUACUUCGAACUUUCAGCGUUUUCUACGCCGUCGAAUAGCGUGGCGUCAUCUGGCUCAAGCGCCCGGGCGGAUGUUUCCUCUAUCAGGGUUGAAUCCCCUCUCUACGGCGCGUUGAACAGGUUUGCUCAGUUCUUUGUUGCACCAUUGUUUCUAGAAGAGACUUUAGACCGUGAACUCAAGGCUGUGGAUUCUGAAAAUAAGAAGAAUCUACAGAGCGACACUUGGCGCCUUCAUCAGCUCAACAAGUCAUUAUCGAACCCCAAGCACCCAUUCUGCCACUUCUCGACCGGCAAUUACCAGACUCUGCAUGAUGAGCCUCUCGAGCGUGGCGUCAAGAUCAGAGACGAGUUCAUCAAGUUUUACCAGAAGAACUAUUCAGCGAACCGCAUGAAGCUGGUCGUACUUGGUCGGGAAAAUCUAGACGAGCUAGAGAGUUGGGUGCAGGAGCUGUUCUCUGAAGUCAAGAACAAGGACCUUCCGCGCAACCGCUGGGACGAUGUUGCCCCGUACACAGAGAACGAACUUGCUAUGCAGGUGUUCGCAAAGCCAGUCUUGGACACUCGGAUACUUGAUAUGUAUUUCCCGUAUCAGGACGAGGAGGAGUUAUACGAGUCUCAACCGGGUCGGUAUCUUAGCCAUCUCAUUGGACAUGAGGGCCCAGGCAGUAUCCUUGCAUACAUCAAAGAAAAAGGCUGGGCGAACAGUCUGGCUGCAGGCCCGAUGCCAUUAUGUCCCGGAUCCUCGUUGUUCAGCAUUUCUCUCCGUCUUACCGAGGAUGGGCUGAAGCACUACCAAGAAGUGGCCACAACUGUCUUCCAGUACAUUUCCAUGUUGCGCGAGAGCGGUCCUAAGGAAUGGAUUUUUGACGAGAUCAAGGGCAUGAGCGUGGUGGAUUUCAAGUUCAAGCAGAAGAGUCCAGCGAGCAAGACGACAAGCGGACUGAGUAGCGUGAUGCAGAAGCCAUUGCCUCGACAGUGGUUGCUCAGCGGUUCAAGUCUCAUCCGCAAGUUCAACCCGGAAGCUAUCAGCAGUGGCCUCUCGUAUCUGCGGCCUGAUAACGUCCGCCUCACCGUCGUAAGCCAAGACUUUCCGGGCAACUGGGAUAAGAGAGAACGCUGGUACGGCACAGAAUACAGGUACGAGAAGAUGUCAGAGGACUUCCGGACUAGGCUUGAAAAAGCUGCUCGCAGCACUGCCGAGGAACGCCCGGCAGAUCUACAUCUCCCAGAGAAGAACGAGUUCAUCCCUACCAAACUUGAAGUGGAGAAGAAGGAAGUUACUACGCCGGCGAAGACACCCAAGCUCAUACGGAACGACGAGAAUACCCGGACGUGGUACAAGAAGGAUGACCGAUUUUGGGUACCGAAAGCCAAUGUACAAGUCACUUUGAGAACUCCGCUCGCGAACCUUACUCCGGAAACUGCAAUGAUUACCCACUUGUACAAGAACUUGGUCAACGAUGCAUUGACAGAAUACGCCUACGCGGCGGAAAUAUCAGGUCUUGAGUAUAACUUGUCCAGCCACGCGCUUGGGCUUGAUGUCUCAGUUAGCGGCUACAACGACAAGAUGUCUGUGUUGCUAGAGAAGGUCCUGAUCUCGCUGCGUGAUUUGGAAGUCCGCGAAGAUCGAUUCCAGAUCAUAAAAGAUCGACUACUCCGUGGUCUACGGAACUGGGAUAUGCAGCAGCCGUACCACCAGGUUGGGACAUACAGCAGAGUACUGCGCCAUGAUAAGGGCUGGAUCAAUGACCAGUUCCUAGCGGUGCUUCCCUCAAUCACAGCCGAGGAUGUGAAAUCAUUCUGCCCGCAGCUCUUGCGGCAGAUGCAUAUAGAAGUGCUUGCACACGGCAACCUGUACAAGGAGGAUGCACUUAAGAUGACGGAUCUGGUCGAAUCAACGCUGAGGCCGAGAAAGCUGCCGCCAUCGCAAUGGCCCGUUCGACGCGCACUCGUGUCUCCGGAGGGUAGCAACUUUGUUUACAAGCGGACCCUGAAGGACCCGGCGAACGUAAAUCACUGCAUCGAAUACAUGCUCUCCGUCGGUGAUAACCAUGAUCGUACGUUACGCGCUAAGCUCCUGCUCACAGCGCAGAUGACGGACGAGCCUGCUUUCGAUACGCUGCGGACGAAGGAGCAACUGGGGUACGUGGUCUUCAGCGGUGCUCAGGUGUAUAACACUCUGAACGGCUAUCGAGUUCUCAUACAGAGCGAGAAGUCACCUGAGUACCUCGAGACCAGGAUCGACUCCUUCCUCGCCGGCUUUGGCAAGAUCUUGGAGGCUAUGACGGACGAAGAAUUCGAGGCCCACAAGACAAGUCUUAUCAACAAGCGCCUGGAGAAGCUCAAGAACCUCACUCAGGAAACCAAUCGCUUCAAUACCCACAUUCUUAGCGAGGCCUAUGAUUUUGAGCAAGGCAAGUCCAAUCCCGAUUCAACCACCACACACUCCAUAGCAAAACAGUUGCUAACCUACAUCUGCACAGUUGAUCACGACGUCGCCCACAUCGAGCCCCUCACCAAACCCGACCUCGUCGCCUUCUACAACCACUACAUCCACCCCUCAUCCCCAGCCCGUGCGAAGCUCUCCGUGCACAUGCUCGCGCAGUCCUCGCCGUCGGACAUAGCGGCGAAGAUCACACCCGAGGAGCAGUCGUCCAAGAUUCAGGCCCUCGUGAGUCAAGUACUCACCGCCCAGGGUAUCACCGCCGACGCCGCGAACUUAACCGCUCGCCUUAAAGACGUGAAUAUAGCCGACGUCGACAGCGUCGUCAAGGCUAUCACAGCGUACCUCGUGGAGGACCAGAAAAUCGAGCAGGAGAAGGCAACGAAGAUUAUGCAGCAGGGCCAAAGCAUGAUAAGUACGGUUCUGCCGAGCGCGGGUUUCGAGGCUGUGCUGCAGACCGACGGUGCUUCCAGCGACGGCAGUAAGACGACCAGCAGCAAAGAAGUCGACGGAAACGGCACGGAACCGGUGGAGAUCACGGAUGUGCAUGCGUUCAAGGCGAGCUUGACUGUCUCGGCUGGCGCGAGGCCGGUGAGGGACCUGAGCGAGUUUGAGGACCUCGAAUCCAAGCUCUAG